CCAGACAGGAACUGAGAGAGAUCAGAGCUGAACAACACCGCAGAGAGAGAGAGGAGGCUGCACACAGGGUCCGUCUUCGUAAAGAGGAGAAGUUGAGGGAACAGGAGCAGAGGCUGAAGGAGAAGGAGGAGAAACUGAAGGAGCAGGAGAUGAAGGGAGGACUCCAAACAAACAGUGAGAAGCAACACACUGAGGAUGACGAGGAGCAAAACUCUUCAUCCAACAAGAAGACAAAAACUAAAGACAAAGAAAAACAACAGAUGAACUCCGACCCCAAACCCCUGUCCUGCCCCCCCAGCAGCCUGACAGCAGAGGAGCUGGAGAAGGAGCAGGAGAAGGUUCGAGAGCUGCAGGAGCGGAUCCUGAAGGCAGCGGCCUGCACCUGCCUGCUGCCACUGGGCAGAGACCGGCUGUACCGCAGGUACUGGCUCCUCCCCUCGGCCUCCGCUCUGUUUGUGGAGGCCGACUCUUUCGGCCUGACGGAGGACAUGCUGCAGCCGCAGCCAAAACCUGGACAAGAUUCCACAACCAAGAUGGAGGAGGACCUCAAAGAAGAACCGGCCGAGGGACGCACUGGCUCAAGCCCCGCCCCCUCCCACACCUGCAGCUUGCCAAUCAACCGCCCCAUCCAAUGGUCUUUCUACAGCUCCGUGGAGGAGGUGGAUCAGCUGAUCGAGGCUCUGAACCCUCGAGGUCACAGAGAGAGCGGCCUGAAGGAGGCGCUGCUGCAGGAGAGAGAGCGGCUGCAGCAGCUGCUGCAGAACUGUGACAGGAACAAAUACACACACACAGAUGAUCCUGAGUCGUCCACAUCUGUCCCAGAAUGCAUUGCUGCAGCUGAGACUCUGAUGGAAGUUCGACUGAGAGACUUGUUGCUGGACAUCGAGGACCGCAUCCACCAGGGAACUCUGGGAACUCUGAAGGUGAUGGACAGACAGGCGUGGCGCUCGGCGUUGGAAGCAGGAAACUAUGAGCUGCUAUGUUCUGACAGCAGAGAGCACGGUGGAAUGAACGAACGAGUGGAGGCCAUGGAGGUGAACCCCAACCAGAGAGUCAGAGACAGACUGCAGGAGCUGAAGUCCGACAGUGUGGCGGCGUGUGGGACCAGCGGCUGUGGGACUCCUCAGGUUGUCAGCAGCUCCAUACGAAUCCUGGCUCAGGCCCUCGCUCACGUUGAGCAAGGCAUCGAGAGACGCUUCCUCAAAUCUCCUCUGGGUGAGGAAGAGUCUAAGAAAGACCAGAAGAUGAAGAAGAACAAGAAGAAAGACGAGGACCAGGCCAGUGAUGAUGGCAGUGACCGAGCGGUGAAGACGGUGUUGGAGCGAUGGAGGGAGUCUCUUCAGUCCUGCUCCAGUUUGUCUCAGGUGUUCGUCCACCUGUCCAGUCUGGAGCGAAGUGUCCUCUGGUCUCGCUCUGUCCUCAACGCUCGCUGUCGCAUCUGCCGACGCAAAGGAGACGCCGACAACAUGCUGCUGUGUGACGGCUGUGACAGAGGACACCACACCCACUGCCUCAGGCCCCGCCUCAAGACGGUUCCAGAGGGAGACUGGUUCUGUCCAGACUGUCGACCCAAACAGAGAUCCAGCCGUGUCCCGUCCCGUCAGCGCUCCUCUGUUGACGAGGAAGAGGAGGAUGGAGAGGAAGAGGAGGAGGAGCAAGAGACUGAGGAAGAAGAGGAGGAGUCAGAAGAGGAUGAGGAGUCGGAGGAGGAGGAGGAUGAAGAAGUUGCAGUGAGCACCAGGAGGAGUCAGCCCCCCCCCCCUAAAGGCAGGAACCAACAGGCCACACCCAAAGGACAACAGACCACGCCCAAAAACAGCACCAUCUCAGCAGGGAAAAACUCAUCAGCCUCCAAGUCCUCAGGUAAGAAGGCCACACCCCCUAUAUCGAAGCCCAAUAUGGCCUCCGGCAGUAAAGCCCCUCCUCGCUCAGGGAGUCGGAACAGCGCCCGUCUGAGCCAGGAGAUCCUGGCACCAAACGGCAUCACAAAAACUUCACCUGGUCAGAGCGAGACCCGCAAGAGACAGCCGACAGAUGCCACUGCCCCCCCCAAACCCUCCAGACCCGUCCUCACCCCUGCUUCAUCCUCCUCCUCCUCAUCAUCAUCCAGUCGACGCUCCUCCGGGAGGAACCACGGCGUCCACGAGCUGUCGGCCUGUGAGCUACUGACUGUGGAGCUCGUCAGACAUGAAGACAGCUGGCCCUUCAUGAAGCUGGUGUCCAGGACUCAG